AUGGCUGAGAAGGGAGGCGUAAUUGUUCCCGAGUCUGUGCUAAAGAAACAGAAGAGGAGCGAGGAAUGGGCUUUGGCCAAGAAGCAGGAGCUUGUUGUUGUGAAGGAAAAGAAUGCUGCAAACAGAAAGUUGAUUUUCAAUAGAGCCCAGCAAUAUGCCAAGGAAUACACGGAGCAGGAGAAGGAGCUGAUUCAGCUGAAGCGCGAGGCAAGACUGAAGGGAGGGUUUUAUGUGAAUCCUGAGGUUAAGUUGCUUUUCAUCAUUCGCAUUCGUGGUAUUAAUGCCAUGCACCCGAGGACUAAGAAGAUCUUGCAGAUCUUGCGUCUUCGGCAGAUUUUCAAUGGCGUGUUCCUAAAAGUUAACAAGGCAACAGUGAAUAUGCUUUACAGGGUUGAACCCUACGUAACCUAUGGGUAUGCAUCUCAAUAUUGCUGCCCCUCGAACUAUUUUCCCACUAGUUUGCGUGUCAACUUAUGA